AUGCUUAGCAGCGAAAAUUCCCCCUAUCGACAGAAAUUAAAAGGGAGAGUUGCAGCAAGAAAACUCGAUAAACCUGAAGCUUGCGAGUCCUUACCCAUUUUGGAUGUGUUUGGAAAUGGGGUAGUGAUCUAUAUCAUUUGUACAAGAAGGCGACUCCAUGUGGAAACUAACUACUUUAUGGUGUCCCUUGCCUCUGCAGACUUGUUAGUAGGCUUGUUUCUUCCCACUUUCAUCAUCAUAACAACUUAUUUCGUGUUCUUCAACCUGUUCACCUUAACAUCCAUAGAAAAUUUAUUUGUCAUGACGGCGGAUAGGUAUAUAUCGAUCGUACAUCCACUGCGUUAUCAGUGA